AUGAGCAGUUCGCAGGGCAUUCAGGCUAUUAGGUGGUCCCAGCUUUUGGAAAUGCAUGAGGGCGCUUGGCCAACCGAUGAGCAGGAUACUGUCAUGGCUUAUGCUGAUCGUCUUGCUGCAACGACUGCGGCCGUUGACUACGUAAAUUUGUACAGAAACCAAAAGCCACAACAGUUCAUCGAUCUCUGUAAAUUUCACCUUUCUCUGCUAGUCGAGUUGCCUGCUGACUUUAAUAACUACAAUCCUCGGGCGUGCACCGGAACGGAAUUUACUGGCGAUGCGACGUGUAAGCACAAGAAAAAUCGACCAUGGACACGAUUAGCCAGCUCUAUGGGGCAAAUGCACAAAUCGGAUGAGUCAACCAAUGGCAAGUGCACUCUAGCUGAAUUUUGUACAUCAUUGGUUCUGCUGCCGAUCGUCAUUUCCGUUUCUGCAUUAAAUCUAGACUUGUCUGGCUCGGCGAGAACCCGGAGGAUAAAUGCCAUCUACGAAAAUAUCAUGAAGCUCAUGGAUCAUUUGUCGACUGAUGAAAACCUGAAAAUGGAGAUGAUAUUCCGAAAGAGUGGGAACAUAGUUCGCCAACGAGAGCUCCGCAGGCGCAUACUUUCAGGGGUGAAGGUCUCCUUUCCUGUCAGUUUCGUAAACACCAGCGACUGUGCGCCAUCAAGCUCCUCGUCCUCUUCGUCUGGCUUCCCUUGGAGUCGAAAGUCUUGCAGAAGAUCUAUUAAGGUUAAAGCAGAGGCAUCUGAAGCUAAACCCGGUACUUUUGAUGAGCUUAAGGGUCAUGACUACGCCAACACUCUAAAGAAUGUGCUUCGAGAAAUGCGUAAUCCGAUUCUCACCCGGGAGCUCCUUCCAAUUUUCGUAUCCGUAUCGAAGAUCACUUCAGGACAUGUUAACGAUGAGGGAGUGCAAGUGCCUCUAAGUCCAGCAGACUUUCAAGUGGCUCAAGCAAAGCAGUUGAUGGCAGUUCGGAUUCUGCGUUUCCUCCUCCCCGAGAGAAAUCAACGGCUAUUACGUCGACUUCUCGAUCUCCUAACUGAGACAGUGAGCUAUGCGCAACUCAAUGGCAUGUCUGCCGAGAGCCUGGGUACCAUUUUUGGACCACUGCUCCUCGCCCCAACCUGUUCCCCUAACCCCGACCUGCACAAGCAUUAUGAUACACUGAACAGCCUCACCACUCUAAUGAUUAACCAGGGCUCUGAGGGUGUGUUCGGCAUUCCAGAGGCUCUCGUUGACGACAUGGAUCGAAACCUGGCAUCCAAUGGCUUGCUGGGUGGCCGUUCCCCCUCAAAAGAUUCCGGUUUGGACACCUGUUCUAUGACUUCUUCUGGCCAUGAAGAGGAUGCCAGAGAUGCCCUCUACACGGGCCUGAUGUUUGCCAAGUCGAGCGAGAGUCAGGGCGGCAUUCAGAGCGAUCUGUGUGAUGUUGGUCUGACAAUUACGGAAUGUGCAGUAGCCGAGCUCUGCGCCACUGUGCAGGCUCUGCCCGAUUCCGACCCAAGGAAGGCUCGUCUAGUGCAGAGGAUUAAUAACUCAAAUGGUGGUCUGACUCCGCAGGUGCGCAAACGGCUGAGGGAUGUGUUGUUGGUCUCUCCUUCUUCCAUGCACCGAACGUCAUUUCGGCGCCUUGAAACCCCUUCGAACGCGGUCCUUAGCGGUGCUUUAGCGAAGCGUCAAACUUCUAGAGCACCAGUGGUUGAGGUGAAUGGUGGUCUUGGGGGUGAGAUUUCCACGACGUAUUCCUCGUCCAGUCUGGGCGUGGGCAACGUGGGUUCACUAUGCUGUCCCCUUUUUGGCAUCCUGUCUUCCACCAUCCGAUCGGUCAAUCAACAGCCGAAACAGCCACACCGAGAGCAGAAUUGGCACAAAAAGCCGGCGGCUAUCGGUAGUCCGAUUUUUGGAGAUAUGGGUGCUCCCAUAGCUGAAAAUAUUUACCCAAAUUCUGGAAUUAGGGCUGCUGACGGGACUAGCAGAUGGUGCAAUCCCGUUGUAGGAGGCUUUAAGAAGAACGCCUUUCUCUCGACUCACUCGCAAGCCAUGGAUUUUAUUUAA